ACAUGAUUUCAUUCUUCUCUCUCCCUAAUCAUCCUUGAAAUUCUCCCCCAAAUUUCGUUUUUAAAAUCUUCCAUUGUCAAUCGUCGCCGGUUACUACGAGCUUUGGUUUUUGCUGGAGGAGUGGAAUGGUUUCUAUAUGAGCUCUACUGUUGACCUCGAGGAUCAGGUGGGGGAAAGUGGAGAUUGAAUUUCCUGAUUAGAUACGCAACUGCGACUUGUCAAUCGUUUUCCGGUUCUGUUGUGUAUUUCAAUCUUAUCGUAAUUUAUACAAGGGUAUCAGUGGUGAGUGAUAAUGACGCAACACUUUCGUUCAAAGCUGGAGGAUAUGAACGGUUCCGAUAAUCCGAUGUCAAAUUGCCAAGGAGGAGAUGUGGUUAACCAGAGAACAUCUGUUUCCGAUCACGUAAACGGCUUACAGCAUUCCACCGCUAGAUCGGAUGUCUUCGUGGUGAAUAUGGAACGAUUUUCACAUAUCGUGGAGAAAGAUAUCAAUGCAAAUUCAAGGAUUGCAUUGCAGAGAAGCCUUUCGCGAAAAGGACCUGCCAGAACCGGAGAAAAGAAAAUCUCUGUAAACGACAGAGACUCUAAUACGCUUUCUUCUUCGCCCAGAGUUGUUUUGACCCCCCAAAAAAUAUCAGAAACAGCCAACGCUGGGGUCACAAUCAGACAGCAUUUAUAUUCAAGGCCUAAGUCACCCAAAGCGUUAGAUGCACAUGCUAAGGAAUACAAAUUCUACACAACAAUGUUAAUUUUAUUCAUGACCAAGAACACCAAACUACUUUACAUGAAAGCAGCAUGCUGGAGAAGGCAACAAUGGCCGAUCACCCGCAAGUCCAUCAUCAAAUCACCAUUGGUAAUAAUGGCACAGCUGCAGCCUCUGCCGAGAGCAAAUUAUUAUCUGGAGGCAGAAGGUUCAGUUUCCGGCGAUCGACUCACACAUGGAUCAUUGAUCCCAGAAAGAUACUCUUUUUCUUUGCAACGCUGUCAUGCAUGGGAACUGUAGUGCUUAUCUAUUUCACUUUAUCGAUGGGCAAGCCCAGUGGAGACGACAAUGCUGCUCUCAAUUGACCAACACAGGAUUAGGAAAGAGGUAAAUCCUGACAUCUAAGAAACCAUGAUCGAUCACGAUGUGUAGACCUUUUUUUGAAAAAAAUAAAAAAUAAAAAUAAAAAUGCAGUAGUUUAGUAUAUCCCCUGCAGGCAGGCUGUAGGCUGUUGGUAGUGGUGCAAUGGGGCACUUUUUUGUUGGCCCAUUACUUUUUACUUUCUGCUGCUCCAAAUUCUUUGUGUAGCCCACCCUAAACUGCUGGCCCCCUUUUGGAUUUAUUUUAAUUUAUUUAAUUAUGCAUU